AAAAUGACAACGACCGAUCAUCAUCAUCAUCGAGCUUCUUUUUCCACCCUCACAUUUGAAUCAUUACAAUUGCCUCCUUCCAUUCCACCAACAUUAAAAAAAGAACAUUCUUCAUCCUUUUCUUCUACUACUACUCAUAAUAUUUUCACAUCUGAUGAUGAUUUGUUCAUUUCGGCCAAAAGCUCGCUUAAUAAUUUUGGAUCUCCUCCACCACCACCCUCGUCGAAUUUUCCACCACCCUCACAUUCCAAUUCAACAUCUCACUUGCCCACUUACAUUAAUCAACAAUGGAAGAAGGUGGAGGAAGAACAAGAACAAGAAGAAAAUAACUGCAUUUUAAAUAAUAAUAAUUUUCAUUCAAAAUCAAAUUUUCCUACUUUAACAACAAAUUCUUUGUCACAAACAGCAAUUAUGAAUUCUCAAAUUAUUCGAAAUAAUUCUUCAAAUUCACUUACCAAUUCAUCAUUAACUUAUCAAAAUAAUAAUGAUGGUAAUAAAACGUUAUGCAGUGGCUCUAUUAUGAAUAUUCCAAAUGGGGUUUUUCAUCCAAUCGCUGCUAAACGAUCAUAUGUUGGAAUUAAUAAUAGUAGUAAUGGAUGCAAUAGUAUUAACGGUCUUAAUCAAAAUAAUCAAUCAUUUCUUCCUCUUCUAUAUCAACAGCAGCAGCAACAGCAAAGUAGCCGAUCUCCACUUUAUACAGCUGCAUUAACAAAUCUUCAACAGCAACAACAAAUCGAUAGUCUUCCUUUAAUAAAUCAACCUUUAAUAAAUCAACAGCAACAACAAUCAAAGAAAAAUAGUUCAAGCAACAAUUUAUUUAUUGGUCCAAAAAUAGCUAUGAGUACAGCAACUGCAAUUGCUGUGGCUAUACCUCCUUUUUCUCAAACUUCGGGAGGGGGAAGUUGUGGGGAAAGUUUGGCAGGUGACAGUACCAAUGGUGGGGGUGGUGGAGGAGGAAUUGGGACUCCAACAAAAUCAUCAAAAUCACAAAUUAAAUCUAGGAGUGCAUUUUUACCUUAUCAUCUUGAACCUAUUCAAAAGCAUCGAGGAGAACUGUCAAUCAACGAAAAAUAUCGUUAUGAUUUGAGUCGAGCUCAAUUGAAGGCAUCUUCUCGAACAUCCGCACUUCUUUCUGGCUUUGCAAUGAUUGCACUAGUCGAAUUACAAUAUUUGCCUGAUACACCAAAGCCUUUACUGAUAAUGUUGGGAGUUGUUACAACAUUGUUAGUUUCUGUUCAUUUAUUGGCUCUAAUGAUGUCAACAUGUCUUUUGCCUUAUAUAGAAGCUAAUGGAUGUACUCAAGAUUCUCCACAUAUUAAAUUAAGAUUUUAUAUUGAACUUUCUUGGUUUUUCUCUACUUGUGUUGGACUUUUACUUUUUCUUCUUGAAAUUGGUGUUAUUUUCUUUGUAAAGUUUAAUGCAAUUGGCUAUAUAUUUGCUGCCUAUAUAACAACAGGAAUGCUCGUUCCCGUUUUAAUUAUUUUUAUUGUCAUCUCCUACUUGAUACAUCGAAAUCGUUUUACCCAUUCGAUUGAAAGAGUAAGUGACAAAGUUGUUGAUUUACAAAAAUAUUUAUGUGAGGCAGAGGCUGGAAAUAUUCAACAUGCUCCUUCAACAAUUAAAAAUAGUGGUAUUGGAGUAAAUAAUUUGAGAAAUUACAAGGAAUGUUAA